AUGCUCCGCCAUCAAAUAAACCCAUUAUCAUGGGCCGACACGUUUCUCCGGGCUCUCAUCCCGAGUUUCAUAGCCGACGCCAUCUUCUCCGACCAUAGGAAAGCAACCCGAUUACACCCAACUUCGUACCUCGAUGGCCUGCGUGGAAUAGCCUCCGUGCUCGUCUUCUUCUGCCACUACACCGAAGACAACUACCGCUCUCUAACACGCUCCUACGGCGUCGGCGACAAGGACCGCCCGGAAACGGCCACGACAGGAUGGAUCCAGCUGCCCUUUUUACGCAUCAUCUUCUCGGGCCGGCCAAUGGUGCAUAUCUUCUUCGUCAUCUCCGGCUUCGUUCUCUCCUAUAAACCCAUCAAAUCCAUCCACGCCCGCGACCUCGACAAGUGCUACACGGCGCUCUCAUCGUCCACCUUCCGCCGAGCUUUUAGGUUGUUUGGCCCCUGCGUGGCCUCAGCCUUCAUGAUCAUGUGUCUGCAGCAGCUGGACCUCUACCCGGGAAGAAACCCGCGCGACACGUGGGCCGAGCAGCUGAUGGCCUGGAAGCGCGUCGUCUUCACGCAGAUCACCUGGCCGUGGGCCUGGGACAAGGACAUGAUGCCCGGGUACGACAUCCACCUGUGGACGAUCCCGAUCGAGUUUGCCCACUCGAUGCUGCUGUUUAUGGUGAUCCUCAUGCUGGCGCGCACCAAGCUGCGCAUCAGGCAGAUGGCGGUCCUCGGGUUGAUGGGGUACUGCCUCAGCUGCGGCAAGUGGGCCGGGUUUGAGUUCCUGGCCGGCUUGUUCCUCGCCGAGGUGCAUGUGCUCAAGAGCGCGAGGGAGCAGCAAAGCAAGGAGUGGGAGAGCGUGGCGCAGGAGGAGGAGGAUGAUGAUUUGAACAAGUAUGGUCAUCGGGAGGUUAGGCAGGGAGGCGGUUUCGUCAGCCUGUCCACGCUGAAGACCAUCUUUUGUAUCGGGCUGGUUAUCCUGGGACUGUUUGUUGGCGGUUGGCCUAACCACGAGGCGGACAAGACGCCGGGGAUUAGGUGGUUCCUUGCAAAGACGCCGAUGCCGUUCGCAAAAAUGGACCAUCUCGCCCCGCAAAAGUUCUGGUUCGGUCUUUGCGCCGUAGGAACCGUCUGGGCUGUCGGAGAACUUCCGCUCCUCAUACGGCUUUUCGAGGGUUCGCUGGCGCAGUACUGUGGACGCAUCAGCUAUGCGAUCUACAUCUGCCACGGACCGGUGCUAGGGCUCUUCCAGAACUACGUUAUGGGCAGCCAGUUCGUGCCUGCUCAGGGCGAACUUGGAAAGGAUGGUUACAAAGUGGCUGUUGAGGCGCACGGGAUCAAGGGGAUGACGGGCAUGGAGAAUACGACGCAAAAGACGACGGGCUGGUUCUUGGGAUUGUGCGUGCUUGGGCCCGUUGUCGUGUGGGCGGCUGAUGUCUUCAUGAGAGCGAUUGAUGAGCCUAUUGUUCGGAUAGCAAGGAAGAUGGAAAACGUGUGUUUGGACAGGGAAGCUCAGCCAGAACAGCGACCGGGUGGGAGACGGCUGGAGCCGGGAUAUUCGGCGGCCGCAUGA